AUGCCUAGAUCGUAUAAUGUAAAAACGGAAAACGGAGCAGUUCUUAGACGCAAUAGGAGAGACUUGUUAAAGAUACAGGAGAAAGCGAAGGAUAGCACAGAGAAGGAAAAGGCACAGGCAAUGGAUUUGGCAAGUCGGAAGAAACACCAG